AUGCUGCUAGGUCGGUCGAAGGAUAACCUCUACGAGCCUGCGCUCGCAGACAGUGAGCGAGAAGCCGUCGCCGAUCUUCUACAGUACCUCGAGAACCGGGGUGAAACAGAUUUCUUCUCGGGCGAGCCUCUACGAGCGUUGAGUACACUCGUCUACUCGGACAACGUCGAUUUACAACGGAGUGCUAGCUUAACAUUUGCCGAAAUCACUGAGCGAGAUGUGAGAGAAGUCGACAGAGACACCCUAGAACCUAUCCUCUUUCUCCUCCAGAAUCCAGACAUUGAGGUGCAACGAGCUGCAAGUGCGGCUUUGGGCAACCUGGCAGUUAAUGCGGAGAAUAAGGUCGCUAUAGUCCAACUCGGCGGACUACCUCCCCUCAUCCGGCAGAUGAUGUCCCCGAACGUCGAGGUUCAAUGCAAUGCUGUCGGUUGCAUCACGAAUCUUGCCACACAUGAAGAUAACAAGGCUAAGAUUGCAAGAUCGGGAGCAUUGGGACCGUUGACCAGACUAGCCAAGUCCAAGGACAUGCGAGUCCAGAGAAAUGCCACGGGCGCAUUGCUCAACAUGACACAUUCUGAUGAUAACAGGCAGCAACUUGUCAAUGCCGGAGCAAUUCCCGUCCUUGUUCAACUUCUUCAGUCGCCCGAUAUGGACGUUCAAUACUACUGCACUACGGCCUUGAGCAACAUCGCCGUGGAUGCAUCCAACAGGAAGAAGCUUGCUCAGACAGAGUCACGGCUUGUCCAGUCUCUGGUACAACUGAUGGAUUCCGGUACCCCUAAGGUUCAGUGUCAAGCCGCCUUGGCUCUACGGAACCUCGCCUCCGACGAGAAGUAUCAAUUGGAGAUUGUUCGAGCUAGAGGCUUGCAGCCGCUUCUUCGCCUACUGCAAUCUUCUUAUCUCCCACUGAUACUUUCCGCUGUCGCCUGUAUCCGCAACAUCUCUAUUCAUCCACUAAACGAAUCACCCAUUAUCGAUGCAGGCUUCCUGAAACCACUGGUCGACCUCCUCGGGUCAACCGAGAAUGAGGAGAUUCAGUGUCACGCAAUCUCGACGCUACGGAAUCUCGCCGCCAGUUCGGACCGCAACAAGCAACUUGUCUUGGAGGCCGGGGCUGUGCAGAAGUGCAAGGAGCUUGUUCUGCAUGUGCCACUCAGCGUCCAGUCCGAGAUGACAGCCUGCAUCGCUGUGCUGGCCCUGAGUGACGAGCUCAAGACGCACCUGCUCAAUCUUGGAGUGUUCGAUGUUCUGAUACCUCUUACGGAUUCAGAAAGCAUCGAAGUUCAAGGCAACAGCGCUGCCGCCUUGGGCAACCUGUCUUCGAAGGUCGGCGACUAUUCAAUCUUCGUUCGGGAUUGGCUGGAGCCCAAUGGCGGCAUCCAUGGGUAUUUGAAGCGUUUUCUGCAGAGUGGAGACCCGACUUUCCAGCACAUUGCAAUCUGGACUUUACUACAGCUGUUGGAGUCUGACGAUAAGAACCUUGUUGCUCUGGUCGCCAAGUCCGAGGACAUAAUCCAGAUGGUCAAGACCAUUGCUGACAAGCACGUCGAGUCGGAUGACGAGGAUGGCGAAGACGGUGAAGGUGAGGUCAUCGCUCUGGCCCAAAGAUCUUUGGAACUGCUUGGAAAAGGACCCAAGCAGACUUUGGUCGAAGGAUAA